AUGGCUGGAGGAAAUUCAACCCUCCCCAUCUGUUUCUUCAAGUUUAUUCUUCAAACCAAUCUUCAAACUAUUAAAAUACCAAAUAAGUUUACAAGGAGUCAUGGUGUUGGUCUACCAAACCCAAUGUUCAUCAAACCUCCUGAUGGCACUAAAUGGAAAGUGUUUUGGAGAAACAUCAAUGGUGAGAUUUGGUUUGAAAAGGGUUGGAGUAUUUUUACUCAAAAUUACUCUCUACAACAUGGUUGUUUAGUGGUGUUUAAAUAUAAAGAGGGAACAUCAGAGUUAGAUGUAGUAAUACUUGGCCAGAAUGCACUUGAAAUUGACUAUGAUUCUAAGUGCGACACUGUUGAUAUUUUGAAUGUUGAUGAUAGUGAUGAUGAAUCAGAUGAGAUUUUGAAUGAAUGGCUUAAUAGGAAGAAGGUUAGACAGAAGUCGCCAUUAGUUUCUACUAGAGCACAUAAAAAAGUUAGAGGUGAGAUUGAGAAGAAUAGUGAAAGAACUUCAUCAUUGAAUAGGCCAAAGGAAUCUAGAGCUCGGGAAGUUGCUGAAGAAUUUAUCUCAAACAAUCCCUUUUUCACAAUUUGGAUCAAGCCUGCUUAUCUGGCAGAAAAUCGGCCGUAUGUACCAAAUUUACAAGGGGUUAUUGAGAACAAGAAGACGAAUAUGAUGCUUCAGAUUGGUGAAAGAUCCUGGAACCUGAAUUUGCUUCCUUGUUACUAUAAUAUAAGGAGCCGUCGGCUUUCGGCUGGUUGGUCCUUGUUUGCAAGGGAAAGUGGUUUGCAUCCGGGAGAUGUUUGCAUCUUUGAACUGAUAAACAAGAAAGAUUUAGUUUUUAAAGUUCAUGUUUUUUAA